CUCUGCGAUAGUGCGAGAAAUCUGGUACUUGGAUGUCGGUAUGAGCCAUACGAGACUGCUGUAUUUGCGUGGGUGCUGUUUAAAGAAAUAUACAUUUAAAGCGUGAGACGUGUAAAUUAUAUAUUAGUAAUGUAACUUUCUACCUUUUUCCUUUCUUUUUUUUUUUUUCUUUUCCAUAAUCUAUCGAAAGAAAUCUACAUAAUCGAAUGUGCACUGAAGCGAUGGUUAUAUAAUCGAAUGAAAAAGUUCAACGUAUCGAGGAGACCAAAGUAUCGUAAUUUAUGAAAAUACGGAAUGGAUCAGGACCAACCUGAGAUACUCGAGUUAACUCUUACAACUCCAGAAAUAAUGUUCUGCUGCAUAGUAUCACUUAUCAUAGGUGUGACGGGAGCAGGAACGACAAUUGGUGGUCUUUGAGCUUUACCAGUCGCAGCAACCGUUCUUCCUCCAUUUGAAACAACCGUCACCGUUGCCUUCAAAUACGGUGAAAUAUUCGCAGAUCUCGCGAUCACAUUCAUCUUUACGCGAAGACAAUACGCAAAAAUGAACGGACAAGUAAGUCGCAAAAUGCGAACGAACUAAGAAGUGUUCUAUCAAGCAGACGACAACGCCAUCUGCGAGAGAAAAUCCUCCGAUCUCAUUAAUUCCAUAUUAAAUGAUCUCGUUUUGAUGAAGGAAAAUAAUACGACAGAAUAUAUUCUUCAUUUACGAACACGACGUAAUAACGUCACUACGAAAUAUUUCAAUGGUACUUUUCGAGAUACGAUAGAGGGACCAUCGCUGUUUAUCGUUCAAUUGAAGACGUACGGACAUAUCUCUCUUUAGCUUGUCAUCGUUUCUCUACAAUUCCAGUGUAUAAAAAACGUUCGUUUAAAGUAAUAAUAAUUGAACGUAUCAAUUCAAUAACGUUUAAGCGUAUUCUUAUGAAUAAUUAUGAAUGAUAAUAGUUGGUAAUAUAGGACAAUUCGAGUGUUACCAAUCAGAGGCGUUGGAAAAACGCCGAACAUGGCGGUCGCGACGAAUUCGUUUGAUAGCUGGUUAAGCAAAAAAUUACAAGCAUUAAAUACGGACGAGGGUGUUUUCGGAUCUUACAUCAAAGGGAUAUUGGAGGGCGAUGAAACGGAGGAUGAAAAAGUCGAGGCGCUUGAAAGCAUACUCGCGGGCAUAACGGAGGACAAUAUAAGCAAGCAUGUAACCGAAAUCCUAAAUGCUUGGGCAGAAUGGUUACCAACGGAGGAAGUUGCCAGUCCUAAUGUGCCAACAGAGGAUGUCGAUGUCAGAUUGGCACGUAUGCUUGAAUCGCAGAGCCUUCCGACUACCAUUCAAAGAAGUUACACGGAGGAGGAGAGGCGAAUACGCGAGGCUAUAUUGGCCCAGUAUAGUCAAAUGUCCGAUGAAGGUGAUAGCGAGGGAGAUGGGGAAGAAGACGGUGCUGGAGGUGGAGAUUGCGGUAUUGAAAAGAAUUUGAAUGCCGCUACUAUAGCGCAACAAGAAAGAGAAAGGAGAGAGAAAGCAAAGUUAGAAAGUCAAAAAAAGAAAGAAAAGGACAAGGAAGAUAGAGAGAAACAGAAGCAAUUAAAGGAAGAGAAAAAGGAGAAGCGCAAGACACAGAAAGGAGAGAGAAGAAGGUAGCACGAUUGUGAAAAAAUCGUACAGUCGCUUCCUCAUUUUAAAACAAGUGGAUCCCAUUAUGGGCUGAUUUACUUAUCCAUGUUUCUUCUUUCGCAUGCAAAAGUCUAUCGUUCAUUAAUAUCCCUCUUUUAUUAUCAGAAAGAUACAUAUUUUAAGCGAAUUAUGUGACGCUUCUUCAUCGAGAUAAUACGUACUUCAUAUUACUUGUGGCAUAAUAGCGAAUCUUCUCGUGCCUUCGGUCUGUCUAAUAAUAUACAUUAUCGUUCGGUGUAAUCUCUCCUUUUAUCCAUUUAUCCUUUUUCUACUUUCUUUACGAUAUCGACGUUCCUUCGUAUUAUUUCGCUAUCUGCAUUCAGAGCUUGUAUACGAGUAAUAUUCACAGCUCCGUUUUUUUAAAUUUUAUAGUUAAAAAGUUGUUCCAACUAUUGAUGUAUAUACAUAUUGUACUUACCUGUAUGCACAGCAUACUGCCUUUUUUCUCUCUUUUUUUCUUGAUCUUUUUUUUUUUUUUUUCUUUUCCUUUUUUCUUUGAUUAAACGAAUCACGUAUUUAAUAUGUUAAAUAAACUGCUCUAAUCGCUAUAGAGAAAUAUUCUA